GGUUUCUUUGACUUUCGUCCCUUAGAUUCACGUUUUCCCAGUAAAAAGUUGUUAACAGUAGAUAUAGAGCGGAGCGCUUCUACACCGAAGAUAAUGACACAGCCUCAUUGGAAACCGGCCGUCUUAGAAAAGCGAGCCCAGCAGAAGAAUGCCAUUCCCAGAGAAUGGCAUCUCUCCUCUUCCGUUCCACCAAACGUAGCGGACGCCAAAGAGUUCAUAGAUUCCUCUAAUUUGCUCACCCCAGACGAGAAAGCUAUAACCAGUAUCCAAGAUGCCACAGUCCUCCUGUCUAAGAUCGCCAGCCGCGAGCUAUCCAGCGAACAGAUUGCACUGGCAUUUUGCAAGAGAGCUGCUAUUGCUCAUCAACUAAUUAACUGCUGUACGGAGCUGUUCUUUGAUCGAGCACUGGCUUGCGCAAAGGCCCUCGACGAACAUUUAGAGAAGACGGGGAAGCUUAAAGGGCCGUUACAUGGAUUACCAAUUUCCAUAAAAGAUGGAUUUGACGUUGAAGGAAUAGAUACCACGUUGGGAUGGGUUGGAAUGAUUGGCAAGCCUGCUCCAAGAAAUGGUUGCGUGGCAGAGCUGCUUCUCUCAAUGGGGGCAGUAAUAUAUUGUAAGACCAAUAUACCCCAGUCCCUCAUGAUGUCGGAUUCAUACAACCAUGUGUUUGGGCAAUCAGUGAACGCAUUCAACAUAAAGCUCAUAUCUGGUGGCAGUUCCGGGGGCGAAGGAGCCAUCAUUGGUGCGCAAGGCAGCAUCAUUGGAAUCGGAACCGAUAUUGGUGGAUCUAUUCGAAUUCCUGCAACGCUGCAAGGGCUGUACAGCAUGAUGCCGUCCGUCGGCCGCAUCCCAUGGGAGAAAUCUAUGAGCAACCAAGCCCAUAUCGUGCCACCGGUCCCCGGCCCCCUGACAACCACUUUAAACAGCUUGGAGUUUUUCAUGGACGCAUUUAUUUCUGACAAACCCUGGGAACGGGAACAUCGAGCUCUGCCAAUUCCAUGGCGGAAAGACCUCGCCAAGGUCCCUGAUCGCCCGCUUAAAAUAGGAAUUGUUUUCGAUGACGGGGUCGUCAAACCACAGCCACCCGUGGCGCGCGCGCUUCGCGAAGUGGCAGAAAAAUUCCGCAGAGCUGGACAUGAAGUUGUGGAGUGGGACACAUCUUCCCACGUCAAGGGCCUCCAUUUAUGGCUCAAAGCCGUCCUCGCGGACGGUGGAGCCGAAUGUGAAAGAUUAUGUAAAUUGGUCAAUGAGCCACUCAUCCAAGGAAUGCUAGUUGGCCGGGAAAAGGAUAACCUAACCCGAGCUGAACGUCAAGAGCUCGACAAGCAGAAGCACGAGUAUCGCACGGAAUUCCUCAGUCAAUGGAAUGAAUCUGGCAUCGAUGCGCUGAUCAUGCCUGUGUUGCCCUGGGUCGGCUAUACCCCGAAAACCUGGGUCGAAAGCAAGCAAUGGCUUGGGUAUACUGCUAUCUGGAACCUGUUAGACUAUGCAGUAGCCACUGUUCCAGUGACUAAAGUAGAUCCAUCCCUCGAUGUUCCAGGUGAUGAAUGGAAGAACUAUAAGCCAAGGAAUGAAUCCGAUGCAUUUAAUCACCAGCAAUAUGAUUUGGAUCUUGUGAAGGGCAUGCCGAUCUGUGUUCAGAUCAUUACAGGCAGAUUUGGUGAAGAAAAGGCUGUUGCAGUCGCAAAGGUCAUGGAUAGCCUUUGAGGUCUUGGACUUGUUUACUUCCUAGCCUUGUUAAUAAGACAUCAUUUGAUCU